UUUCUUAGGUAUACACGCCACGAUUCGUCUCAGUUGUCAAUGUGGCGCGCUUUUACGCGUAUAGCAAAAACACUUGAGUCCCUUGGUCAAGGAGGCGCAGUGCUACCUCAGCAAUUCCAACAUUCCCAGCUGUACAACAACAUACGCAAAACUAAUUACCUCCACUUACACAACCAAGCGUUGCUCACAAGACUAAAACACGGAAUGUCCACUGCGAAGCCAAAGGUUGUUUUCGUAUUAGGUGGCCCCGGUGCUGGCAAGGGCACGCAAUGCUCGAAAAUCGUUGAACGUUUUCAGUUUACGCAUUUGUCGGCUGGCGAUUUAUUGCGUGAGGAGCGUGCACGCGAGGGAUCCGAGUUUGGCCAGCUAAUUGAGGAUUACAUACGUAAUGGCAAAAUUGUGCCCGUUGAGGUCACGUGUUCGCUGCUGGAAAAUGCGAUGAAAAACUCGGGCAAAUCGCGGUUUCUCAUCGAUGGCUUCCCACGCAACCAGGAUAAUCUGGACGGCUGGAAUCGUCAAAUGUCCGGUAAGACGGACUUGCAGUUCGUGCUGUUCUUUGACUGCGCUGAGGAUGUGUGUGUACAGCGCUGUCUGGGCCGCGGUCAGAGCGGAUCCGGUCGUACCGACGACAACAUGGACAGUCUGAAGAAACGCAUUCAAACUUAUAACAACGACUCGUUACCCAUCAUUAAAUACUUCGAGAGUGUCGGCCAGGUGAAGACCAUUGAUGCCAGUCCCGAUGCGGACAAGGUGUUCCAGGAUGUAGAGCGAGUGUUUGUGGCCAACGGCUUCCAAUGAAAUUACCCACUUACUUAGUUCACGUUCUAGAUUCAAUUAUGUG